ACCCCUUAGUUUCUUUAGAAUUUUUGUACCGAGCGCAUCAUCUCACGUUCUUUACGUUUCCCAGUGUAAUUUUGGUAUUGAUGAUUAAGGAAAAAGGGAAGGGAAAGUUGCACACAUACAGGCACACAUACACGCGCGUGCACACGUACAUACAGACAGACAAGUGGUGGAGUGGCAAACGAAUUAAAUAUUCAAAAAGUUUCAACUUUUCGUUAGGUGUGGUGAGAAUGUGCGUGUGUGUGCGAUUUAGGGCCAAUAUAGGGCCUUUGGAGUGACCACUGCGGGAUGUGGGGAGGAACCGACCCUGGCCGUGGCCAGUGAUCUUCCAGGUGGUCAGCUCUGGGAAGAAAAAGUCAAGGAAAAAACCGUUUUCCAGAGAAAUAUUCAGUGUCGAUUGCUCGGAAGCCAGCAAGAAGAAGAAGAUUUAAUCGAUUAACGAACGCACAUUGGCUCAAAUUUUGAAUUUGGUGGUGGAAAAGCUGGCCAACCCGCCUCUGGGAGGGGGCAGCAGUGUGUGUGUGUGUGCGGUGUCGGUAUUGGUGUGAUUUUCCGGUAAUUUUCGGUUUUUUGGAUAAUUAGCAGAUCUGUGCGGUUUGAAUCACUCAGUGUGACGUGAGUUCGCCAUGUGUGCGCCAGAGAGUUGUGAAAUCGGAAUUGGUGGGAAGCAUUUAUUGAUCGCAAACCAGUGAUUUGAACUUGAAGAAAUUGAGGUGAAAAUAGUGUGUUCAACUCACAGUGAAUUGUUUUGUUAAAGCAGUGGAUUUUAAAACAGGGAUUACACGCUUCGGCGAGCCAAGGAUUUUGCAGCAACAACCAGCAUCACUUCAACGAGCAGCACCAGAAGCAGCGACCAUCAGCCCCUCAGCUGACCCGUGUCUGCCGGAGAAAUCUCUGUACGUACGAAAACCAAAGUGGCAAUCAUGAAAAAGUGCUAGGAUAAUAAAAACCAGGAACCAGAAAGUGCUCCACGCCAGCCAGCCGAACGAGACGAGAGUGGGGUGAUAAAUCUUGACGAAUCUCAUCAUAAAUAACAGUGUUUGAGCUUUUUUUUUCUUUUGGUUUGCUACGUGUUGUUCUGUAGCUGCACCCAUUUGCUUCGACGUCUGGGGGGUCAGCACACAUACGAGCAGGCUGAAAGGUGCUAAAAUUGCUUUGCAAGAAGCGGAAGGAAAAAGUGUUGGACCCUUGAACACAUAAAGAAAGGGUAUUUUCGAUCCGAACGUGCGCCCCAGCUGUAGCGGGGGUAUUUCCGGGGCUCACCCUCUCGGAAUGACAGAAUAAUCCUAAAGUGUGAAAGCUGCACAAAAAAAAACAAAAGCUAAUGACACAAAAGACACAUUUGUGCGAGUUUCUUUGAAACGGAAGGCUAAAAAUACACGACGCUUGAAAAAGUGAAUUUCCAUAAAAGAAAGAAAAAAGUUUUUGUUGGUAGAGGAAAAUUGUUCAAGAAGAAAAAAGUUUUGCAAAACAAGCUAAGUGAACAUCAAUCGAGAAAGAAAGCAAGAGAAAAGUGAAAGUGAAACCAUCUGGUCUGAGAAGCUUUUUCCGGCGUGUUUCUAUUGUGCAAAAGAAUUGCUGUACGUGGGAGAGUGUUUUGUUGAAAAGAAAGAAAAAGUUUUUCCAGUGAUUUGAAAAACCGAACAAAAAGAAAAGGGAAACAAGUGCAAAGUGUUUUGUGGUGGCUUCACGCGAGAUUCAACAAGAAAAAAGCAGCAAAAAAAAAGAAACACAUUUCUUAGUGAGUGAUUAGCAGCAUCCGGUUUUGUUCGACUUGGCAGCCCCAACGACCACCUACUCACAUGGGAACAUGAGCUCAAAGGAUAUUUCACCGCAGCUUCGUCGUGCUCGUAAUGAGUAAAGUUACAUCGGAGCAGCGCAUCCAUCAUACAUAGGAUUUUUAUAGCAGAGAAUGUUUCCAUAGCAAUGGGAAAAGCCGCGCGACGGUCCGUUGCGUCAGAUCCGUCGUCGCCGACCUUAUCCUUUUUGCAACGCUACUCUUCAACCGACCCCGCCGCCGCCACGUCAUCAACUGACGCAAAACGCACAUCCUCGCCCUUCUCGAGUUCACCCUUCUUCUUCAGCAGCAACAGUUCUCCAGCAUCCAGCAGUCCGUACCGAUCGCCACGGUCAUCGUCGGCGGAGGGACAGCCACAGACCACUUCCGGCGAUUCCAGCAGCAGCAGCAGCAGUUCGGACUACUCCGACGAGCAUCCCUUGUUCGAACCCGAGGCCUACACGCCAUCGCCGCCGUUGGGCACUAGGCCGGAGCAGACCACACCGAAAUUCGGGUAAGAGUUCGCCAGCACCGCCGCAAGGUUCUAGCUGGCUAACAUCUCGCGAACAUGGUCAUUAUCAUCACGGGAGCAGUGAAAACCCCCCGACCGCUUCUUCCUACUUCCACUUCCUCUCUAUUUCAUUGUUAUCAUCUACUUCCCAUAACCCACAACAUCAUGAGGCUCGUUCGGUGGGUUCGGUUGCAUUCUGCAACCAACUCACUAAUUUGAGUGGACACAAGCUUCGAUAUCCUGGCCCCUUAAAUGCUGUUUCAAUUCAAUACAGUGCAGUCGGUUUGCGUAAAGUACGGUUUAUUUAUUGGUCCGAAAACUAUUUAGGGAGCUUCCCAACCACCCAAAAAGCAACGAAACAACAUUUUGUAUGAAUUUUUACUUAACUUGAGUUUUUGUAAAAUACUAAAAUUGUCGCUUCAUUAUUUUUUAAAUGCCAUUUUUCUAAAUGCACCGUUUUUUAUGAAACACUAAAAC